AUGGGCUUUGAUAUCAAAAGGUUUCAAGGUGACGUAGAUGAGGAACUCAUUUGUCCUAUUUGCUCAGGAGUUUUAGAAGAUCCGUUGCAGGCACCAGCUUGUGAGCACGCAUUUUGUCGUGCAUGUAUUACUGAAUGGAUAAGUCGGCAGCCUACCUGCCCUGUUGACCGUCAAGCAGUCACCGCAAGCCAGCUAAGACCAGUUCCUAGAAUACUGCGUAAUCUACUAUCCAGAUUGUGUACCAGCUGUGAUAAUGCACCUCAUGGUUGCAAUGCAGUUUUAAAACUGGAUUCCCUUGCAUCACACCUUGUUGAAUGUGAAUACAACCCUAAAAGACUAAUGCCGUGUGAAGCAGGCUGUGGUCUUGUAAUACCUAAAGAUGAACUUGCAGAGCAUAACUGUGUUCGUGAGCUCCGAGCUCUAAUUGCUACACAGCAAGGCAAACUAACGGACUACCAACAAGAACUGACGGAGCAGAGACUUAUCAUAAAUGAACACAAAAGAGAGUUAGCUUUGUUAAAGGAAUUCAUGCGAGCAAUGCGAGUGUCUAACCCGGCAAUGCGCGCUCUCGCCGACCAAAUGGAACGCGAGGAAGUAGUACGUUGGGCCAAUUCUCUCUCCCGAGCGCGCGUCACGCGUUGGGGUGGUAUGAUUUCAACCCCCGAUGACGUCCUGCAGGUGAUGAUGAUUAAACGAAGUUUAUCUGAAUCCGGCUGUCCCCCUCACAUCAUUGAUGAUCUCAUGGAAAAUUGUCACGAACGAAGGUGGCCACCUGGGCUUUCGUCCUUAGAAACUAGGCAAAACAACCGAAGGUUAUAUGAAAAAUAUGUCUGCAAAAGGGUGCCAGGAAAGCAGGCAGUUUUGGUUUUGCAAUGUGAUAACACACAUGUGGAUGAACAUAUGAUGGUUGAACCUGGUCUAGUGAUGAUAUUUGCCCAUGGAAUUGAA